CUCAUUCAUUGAUUUUGGAUUGCGGCGGCGUGGAAAAUGGCUAGUCAAGAGAUACGCAUAAGUUUGCCUGGAAUGACAAAAGUACCGUUAAUAGAUAGAAAAGAAGAUGUUUACUUUAUUCUUCUAACUUAUUUGCACCAGUUUUCUCCAGUUGGGGGAAACUUUAACAUACGCCCUUCAGCUUGUUUUUCUCCUCAUAUUUUUGGGGCUGGCAAGAGUUUUGUUGGUGAAAAUUUUUUAGAGUUUUUAAAAAAAUUCGCCGACGAAGAAGAAGAGCAGACGAAGACGGAGGUUUUCAACAAGAGCUCAUCGGGAAAAGUUGAUUUGAAGAUUUUUUCUUGGAAACACUUUGCGGAAAACACUUUGUCAGUUGUCUUAGAACUAGGAGAGAGCUUUUCUGAUGCUCCUUUUCCAAGUUUUCUAGAGGCUUUGAUGUAUAAUAUUGUUUUGAACGCUUACCGACAAAAUGGUAAAGAUGCGGACGCUCUUCAGAUAGCUGAAAGGACGGUAAAGAAUUUUGAUAUUGUAGGAGCUAUUAAUUGGCUUCUCGAACAAUUUCAGAAACGAUAUUUAUUUUUGAUGAUAGACGAACUUAGCCACCUGAGUGACCUCACCACAUACUAUAGUGAACUUACCAUGAAACAAUUUAUCGAGCCCGAUGCAGAAUAUGUACCUUUCCGGAAUUUUUUCCGCUUUUUACGUGAUUUGUUGAUGACAGGGAAGGUAAUCGUCUAUUUGGCAGGCAGGACAUCUCAAAUCUCAGCCCGCAUGUCUGAUGCUCGCUCCAGUAGCAUGAGCCUCGAUAUGUUGCGAUUGAAUCCUUUUAACCUCAACGAUAUUAAUGAAUAUCUUGAGCUGGCAAUUUAUAGUGGAAAGACCUUGAAGGACUGGUUAUUGCCCUCAGAUGGCUUGCAACAUCGAUUCGCAGAAUUAUUAAAAAAGAAGACAGGAGGUAUUCCGUUGAUUUUAAAGAAUACUUUAGUAGCCUUAGCAGAGAAAGCUGCAGACUUGUCGCAACCUGUUAUCAACGAUGACAUAUGGAAAAACGA